GGCAAAGCAAAAAAAAACCCAAAAACUGAGCAAAAACCCAAAAAUGGCAGACCCAAAUCCCCCGCCUGAAAACGUUCCUCCACCGUCUUCAGCCAAAGCUGCAACCGAGACGAAAAAAUUCUUCUCGGGCGAAAAGGUCCACUUCCCGAACCCGCCCGACCCAACAAACCCGGACCCGGCUACUCUCCGGGAGCAAUGGAAAUACGCCAUCCGGCAGUACAGCAGAAUGUACUCCCACGCUUGGGGCACCGCCAUUCUCGCCGGAGCUUCCUUCUUUGCCCUCGGCUGGUUCAUCAAGGGUGGCAAUCCUCUCCCCUCUUUCGGCACCCACCACGAUCCUCCUCCUCCUCCUCCGCCGCCUCCGGCCGACAAUACCGAUGAGCCUCGCCGCGCAUGAGUGUUCUACUGUUCUAGUGGUGAGUUUUGUAAUCAAGCUCAAGAACACUCUAUUAUGCUCGUUAAACGGGGACAUUGUUUUGAACUAGUCAAUUUGUGUGCACAAUUUUAGUUUCUGAGUAGCAAUUAUCGGAACGAAUUCGUAAACUACAUGUAAACAUGACACUUGAAUGAGUUCUGCUACAAAUGCAUCUUAGGGUUGAAUAUACAUCUUGUUAAGUUACACUGAUUCAUGGUCUGCCAACGAGGCCAGAUGCCAAGACCGUAGGGAAGGCAAGCUGUACGGGUUGUCAAGACUGAUCUUGUUGUUCACAAAGAAAAGAGGAAUGAGCUUUCUGUACAGAGCCUUGCAGUGUAAACAACAGUGUGUAUCUAUCAAUGUCACUUUAGAAUCCUGAAAAUUUUUCCUAGAUCUUAUGGCUGUGAUUGUAUAAUUUUGGUUGAAUCAUUUGAUACAAGUUCCGGCGAUAUAUAAGGGCACACUUGUUGUCUGUUUAACUUUC